GGAGGCCGGGCCGGCAGAGCCGCCCCCUUCCCGGUCCCUGCUCCAGCUCUCCGGCGAGGGCCGUGCCGUGCCAUGGCCGCUCCCUGCUACCUGGGCUGGGAUUUCAGCACGCAGCAGUUGAAAGUCAUUGCUAUUGAUGAACAGCUGAGGGUCAUUUACGAGGAUAAUGUUCAUUUUGAUAAGGACCUUCCAGAAUUUAAGACUCAAGGUGGAGUCUAUAUUCACAGUGACAGACUGACAGUCACUUCACCAGUGCUUAUGUGGGUCAAGGCUCUGGAUAUGAUCUUGGAAAAGAUGAAGUCUUCAGGCUUUAACUUCUCUCAGAUCAGAGCUUUGUCUGGUGCUGGCCAGCAACAUGGGAGUGUGUACUGGAAAAAAGGAAGCAUCCAGAUUUUAAAGAAUGCACCAUCUGAACUGCCUUUACAUCAAUCACUAAAGGGCUGUUUUUCAGUCAGUAACAGUCCCAUCUGGAUGGAUUCCAGCACAGCCUCCCAGUGCAGAGCGCUGGAGAAAGCUAUGGGGGGAGCCCAGCCCCUGGCGACUGUCACUGGCUCCCGGGCCUAUGAGCGUUUUACAGGAAACCAGAUAGCAAAGAUUUACAGCCAGAAUCCUGAGGUCUACAAGCAAACUGAGAGAAUCUCUUUGGUCAGUAGCUUUGCAGCUUCCCUUUUCCUAGGAACUUAUGCACCCAUUGAUUACAGUGAUGGUUCUGGUAUGAACUUGCUGCAGAUUUGGGAAAAGACAUGGUCAAAGUCCUGCCUUGAUGCUUGUGCCCCUGGAUUAGAGGAGAGGCUAGGCUGUCCUGUGCCAUCCCACUCAGUCCUGGGGCCCAUUUCUCCAUAUUAUAGUCAGCGUUAUGGGUUUAGCCCAGACUGUAAAAUAGUAGCAUUUACAGGAGACAAUCCAGCAUCACUGGCAGGGAUGAGACUUCAAGAAGGAGACAUUGCAAUUAGCCUUGGCACAAGUGACACAUUGUUCCUGUGGAUCCAAGAGCCAACUCCUGCCUUAGAAGGUCAUAUCCUCUGCAAUCCUGUUGAUUCUCAAACAUAUAUGGCACUUUUAUGUUUUAAGAAUGGCUCUCUGAUGAGAGAGAGGAUCAGAGAUGAAUGUGCUUCAGGCUCCUGGGAUGAAUUCUCCAAAGCCUUAUCAUCAACUGCUGCUGGAAACAGUGGAAACUUGGGUUUCUACUUUGAUGUGAUGGAAAUUACUCCUGAAGCAGUUGGGAUUCACAGAUUCAACAGAGACAACCAAAAGGUUUCAAGCUUUCCAAAGGAAGUAGAAAUACGAGCAUUGAUUGAAGGGCAGUUCAUGGCCAAGAGGAUUCAUGCUGAAAAGCUGGGAUAUAAAGUCUUGCCUAAAACAAGGAUUUUGGCUACUGGUGGUGCAUCCCACAAUAAAAAGAUCUUACAGGUCCUGUCUGAUGUGUUCAACGCGCCUGUGUUCACCAUUGACACGGCCAACUCUGCUUGUCUGGGAAGUGCUUACAGAGCAAUCCACGGACUUGUAGCUGAGAGGAAUGUGUCCUUGGCUGAUGUUGUGAAAUUAGCACCGGAGCCCAGGUUGGCUGUUACACCCACCCCAGGGGCUGAGGAGCUCUAUCGUCCACUUCUGAAAAGAUAUGCUGAGCUUGAACAGAAGGUUAUCUACAACCCAGCCUCAUCUUGUCUUGUGAAAUAGAAUCAAACAAAAUUUAUAUGUCGGCUGAGUGGGCUCCCAAGGAGAAGAUCAGAAGAGAUUUGCUCAGAAUUUACUGGAGCUGUUUAAAUCAUUUUGUUCCUCUUUGUAGACAAAUAAUUUUUAAAUGUCUGUGUUUGAGUGUGUUGGUGGGGAAAAAAACUACAUUGUGAUCGAAAACCUGAUUAAAAAAGCAUCAUAUUG